AUGCAGGAACCGUCGAUGGGACGGAACUCGGUUACGCCAAAGUACUACGGCACCGAGACGGAAGUUGGAACCUUCGUCUCCGACAACAAGGUACCUCUUGCUCUAGCGCAUCCCAAAUCCUUCUCCACCGGAUCCCCGUUGCAGUUCUGUCGCUAUUCCCACAACCAAUGCCAUUUUGCCAUCUACGGAUACCAAGAAGUACUUGCAAACUUCACUCCAACCACACGAACUGCCGAGGAAGAAAACCUUUCACGCCAGGUCUUCUUGGUUGUGGAUGCCUUGCCCACCCGCCUGUCCGCCGCGCGCGUCACCGGUGUCGCAACGGCGAAGAACUUCGCGACCGAGAACGUGACAGAGGCCGACUUUGACAGCAGGAGUCCCCGCAAGAUUGUAACUGUUUGGGUGGAGGGGCAUUUCCCUGCUUCAGGUGGCCAUCUCUCAACCAAGUCUGCAGGAGCGUUGGCACUCUCACUAUGGAACUGGCGAGAACAAGGCUCGCCUGCUGCUGCUCUGAUAGCUGCCUUAUCACUUGGAUCUGUUGAGGCGUAUCUUGCGGACGCCGAUUCCAUCCAACCUGAAGCAUGA